AUGAACUUUGCAGCCCAAUUAUUCUACUCAAGCUACCUGAGCGAGCGUCUCGAGCGAUUGUAUUGUCCAAGGCCUGCAAUCAAAGACUGCGAUGAGAAUGACCCCUUCUGGCAGAGAGAGGAGUUGCGUCUGGGCCCCUCGCAGCCUGGCGGCCCUUACAAGGGAAGUUUUGUCGCUAAUGGCAACGUAGGCCGCAGACCCACCCUCAUUGAACCGGAGAGGCUGAAGGACUUUGGUGAGGAAGACCUUCUCAAUGGGGACGUGAGAGUCUAUGAGACCAGGGUGGUCGGGGGCCCAGAGAUCGUGCUCAUGGACCCGCCCAAGACCAGACGACUCAGCGAGUUCAGGGCCGUCGCCAGACCUCCUAUUCAGUACCUCCGCUUUGAGGACAUCAGUGCUGCGGCCUUCAGGAUCCAGUCAGGGAUACAGAAGACACCCUGCACGUACUCCAGACUGUCUAAACAGUACGGUAUGGAGAUAUAUCUGAAGAAGGAGCACCUGCACUACACAGGCUCCGUGAAGGAAAGAGGAGUGCUGUACCUGCUUACCUCCCUCACACAGGAGCAGCAGAGGAAGGGUGUGAUCGUGGCCUCAGACUGUAACUUCUCCAUGGCUGUAGCCCACCAUGCAGUGGAGUUGAAGAUCCCGGUGUUUGUCAUCAUGCCGUCAUGCUGCUCUUCACCUCGCCUCAGGAUCUACAGAGACUACGGCGCCAUGGUCAUCUCCUACGGCAGCACCAGCCACGACUCCAUGAACCACGCCCGCCAUCUGGCCAAAGAGAACGGAUACCUCUACCUGGAAGAAGAUGAAAGUGCAGCGUACCUGGCAGGACUGGGCACUGUGGGCAUGGAGAUCUAUGAACAAGUGUCCAAACUGGAUGCAGUGGUGGUUCCUGCUGCUGGGCAGUAUGGUCUACUGGCUGGUACAGCUGCAGCCAUCAAACACCUCAACUCACGAAUUCUUGUAAUCGGAAUUGAACCAGAAGGUUUCCCUCUGCUGCUACAAUCCCUGAAAACAGAUGGUCCAAUCAAAGAAAUGCACAGCAACCCCAAUAAGAAACUUUAUGGAGAUCUUAUGCAGCGCUCGCUCGGUAUUAACACCUUCCAGCUGGCAAAGAAACUGGUAGAUAAAGUCAUCUCUGUCAGUGAGGAGGAUGCUUUGGUAGCGAUGUUGCGCUUUCAGGAAUUUGAGCGCUCCACUGUGGACACAGAGGGAGCCAUGGGACUGGCUGCCAUCCUGGCCGGACAACUACCAGAACUGAGAGGCAAAAAGGUUGCUGUGGUGGUAAGCAGCGCUAACAUGGAGCUGGAGCUGGUGAGGCAGUGUGUGGACCGAGCCUUGGUGCUGGACGAACGGGUCAGUAAAUUCUCCGUGCAGCUUGGAGAAUGGCCAGGAGACAUGGCCAAGCUGCUGGACAUCCUGUCCAGAGAGGAUGUCAGGUUGUUGGAUGUCUGCCAUCGGAGACACAGUGACAGGUCAGACCUCUUCAAGGCAAAGGUGGAGUGUGUGGUGGAAACCAGGGAUAAGACACAGAGCGUUCAGCUGCGCAAGACGCUGAAUGAGCGCUACCCUUAUCUAUGCUGGCUGGACCGGUGAUCACAGCAACAUCAACAAAGACAAACUGUAUUUGCAAUAGGAAAGUUUUAAUAAAAAACAAGAAGAUGAAGUGACAUAUUCAAUAAAAUGUGAGAUGACUUGCAAACACAUCCUGUAACUAUGACAUGAACUCUGUUACAUAAAACUCAUUAAGACAAUGGCUGUUCAACAAACCUAAGUGUAUACAGACAAGCCUUGAGAUUAUAGAGCAAAUAUUACUCAUUUUACUUCUACUACUUACGCUGCUAUUGUUCUUGAAUCACGCCACCCUGUAAUUACAGUGAAGUGGUUAGACUGCACUGAGAGGAUGAAUUAUAGUUCUUAUAGUUUACCAUGACUGUAGACGCAGGCUUCCUCCUCCAUUGAGCUCCUGAAGUAAGUAGCUCCCUAAAACAGGCAUAAAAAGAUAUAUUUUUCAAUCCAUACUGUUUUUAAACUGUUGUAUAUAUUUCUGUAUUUAUACUGUUCAAGGUGGUAGUGUCAAUCCAAGUACAAUUGUUCUCCAAAUAAAAAUGGACAAACCUCCAUGACCUGCCCUGACUUGUGGUGUUUGGAGGGACAGUAAAAGAAAACCCUUGAUCA